CCAGGAUAAACAAAUAUGAUGACAAUGUUGAAAAUGGAAAUGAAAUAGGAAUAGACGAAAAUGAGGCAUCCAAUUCUUAUAAAUUUGCUAAUAUAGGCCUCGGUAGUGGAAAUUGUUGCCAAAAUGGAUUGGGUGAUUAUGAUGAAAUGUGUAAUCUUGACCAAUGUCAUGACAAUGUUGUUGGUAUUGAAAAGAAUUAUGCAGAGAGAGUUUUAACCUAA